AUGGCGCCCUUCUACUCCUCAGAGCCCAAGGGCCCGUCGGUCAAGACAAAGAUCCCCGGCCCCAAGGCCAAGGCUGCUAUCACUGAAUUGGACAAGGUCUUUGAUACGCGCAGCUUGAACAUGCUCACCGACUACAACAAGAGCGUGGGCAACUACAUUGUCGACCCCGACGGCAACGUGCUGCUCGACGUCUACGCCCAGAUAGCAUCCAUACCCGUCGGCUACAAUAACCCCGCCCUCCGCGAGGCGGCCCUGAGCGACGACAUGAUCAGCAGUCUCAUUAACCGACCUGCGCUGGGCAAUUUCCCCCCUACCGACUGGGCUAACGUGCUCAAGACGGGCAUCCUCAAGGUCGCCCCAAAGGGGCUCAAUCAGGUCUUCACCGCCAUGGCUGGGUCCGACGCAAACGAGACGGCAUACAAGGCCGCCUUCAUGUGGCGGCGCCAGCACGAGCGCGGCGGCGCCCAUGUUGAGUUCACUGAGGAGGAAAUGGCGUCGGCCAUGCUCAACAAAACACCCGAGGGCUCCUCGGAGCUGAGCAUCAUGAGCUUCAAGACUAGUUUUCACGGCCGCCUCUUCGGUAGUCUGUCCACCACGCGGUCCAAACCCAUCCACAAGCUCGACAUUCCAGCCUUUGACUGGCCCCAGGCUACCUUCCCCGCGCUCAAGUACCCUCUUGAGAAGCACGCCGAAGAAAACGUGGCGGCCGAGCAAGCGGCCCUCCAAGAAGUCGAGCACCUUAUCCUCAACUACCACGUACCACCUUGCGCCGUAGUGGUGGAACCCAUCCAAUCAGAGGGCGGCGACAACCACGCCUCGCCCGCCUUCUUCCGCGACCUGCGUGCCCUGACGCGCAAGCACAAUGUGCUGCUCAUCGUGGACGAGGUGCAGACGGGCGUCGGCGCCACGGGCAAGUUCUGGGCCCACGAGCACUGGAACCUGGAGGAUCCGCCAGACAUGGUGACGUUCAGCAAGAAGGCCCAGACGGCUGGCUACUACUUUGGCAACCCCGAGCUGCGCCCCAACAAGCCCUACCGCCAGUUCAACACGUGGAUGGGCGAUCCGGCCCGUGCGCUGCUGUUCCGUGCCAUUAUCGACGAGAUCGAGCGGCUCGACCUGGUCAGCAACACGGCCCGUGUUGGCGACUACCUCUAUUCCAAGAUCGAGGCGCUCGCCGCCAAGUAUCCGGGCCAGUUUGAGAACCUCCGCGGUAAGGGCAGGGGCACUUUUAUUGCCUUUGACAACCCCCGCCGCGACGAGUUCCUUGCCCGUGCUAAGGGCUUCGGUGUCAACAUUGGCGGCUCUGGCCAGUGGGCCGUCCGCCUCCGCCCCAUGCUUAUCUUCCAGGAGCAUCAUGCCGAUAUCCUGGUUGAGGCGCUCGAGAACAUUGCCAAAUCUUGGUAA